CUCUGCCAUUGGCUGAUUGGUUUUAUUUAAGGACCACAAGGGUCUGUGGAGCCAAAGACCAGAAGGCUGCUGCAAUCACAGACAAGAAGUCCUUCUCACAGAACCCUUGCUUGAUGGUCAACUGGACAGGUGAGCAUAUCGAUCAGUGGACAGCGAGACACAGUGUAACCAUGGCGACCAUGUUUCUGCUUUGUGCGCUGGCGCUCAUCACCCAGGCUUCCGGUCAAGGUUGUGGAGGAAUCUUCACUGCCAGCUCUGGCAUCAUUUCGUCUCCCUCCUACCCGUCUCAGUACCAAAAUAACCUAGACUGUGGCUACCUACUCAUUGGACCAGUUGGCAGUCGAGUGACCGUAUCAGUCUCUGUCUUCAAUCUUGAAUCGGCUACAGGCUGUAGCGCAGACUACCUUCAGUUCCGAGACGGCAGUUCUCAGACUUCACCUCACAUCGCCACCUACUGUGGCACCGCCGUUCCGCCCGUCGUGAGGUCCUUCUCCAACAUCAUGUACAUCGUAUUUCACACCGAUUAUUCUGUGACUGGCUAUGGCUUUCAGGCUACUUUCUCUAUAAGUGUCAUCCCCCAGCAGUUCAUGCUGAUCGCCAACACGGGUCUGCGUGCCAUCCAGCGCAUUGACAUGGCGACCAUCAGCAACAUCGUCCUCCCCAUGAGUGGACUGCUUAACCCCGUCGCUGUCGACUUCGACCCGAUCACUAAUCGUGUCUACUGGUCAGAUGUGGCCGAGAGGACCAUCCGGUCUGCUAACCUGGACGGCAGCAACGUCCGGCUGGUCUUCAACCUCGGUACAGGCGCAGUGCCAGACGGACUUGCCGUGGACUAUCUGUCUGGACUCCUCAUGUAUACGGACGCCGGUAACUGUCUCAUCGGCAUGGUCACCCUCACCACCAAUAAGUACAAAUCCAUCAUCAAAACCGCCAUCGAGAAACCGAGAGACAUUGAGCUGGACAAACGUAACGGGGUGAUGUACUGGAGCGACUGGGGCUCCGUCCCUAAGAUAGAGAAGGCCAACUACGACGGCACCAACCGAAAGACUCUGGUCUCAGGAUCUCAGUACAUCGUUUGGCCAAACGGUCUGGCUUUGGACUUAGCAGGGGGGAGACUGUACUGGGCAGAUGGUUACACAGACAAGAUAGGGUGGACUACUCUGGAUGGUACAUUAACGACUGUGACAUUUUAUAACCCGGGGUCAACCUUUUUCGGCCUGGAAUACUUCCAGAGUAACCUCUACAUCACUGACUGGGGCACUGCAGGAAAUCUGGCAACGACCACCUACAUUCAGCAAAUCGCUGCCAAUGGAUUCAGCGGAAGGACAAUGGCGCAGACUAUUGGAAGGAUGAACGACAUCGUCAUCGUCGCGGAGCAAUACAUAGACAAAGCACCUAAUGUGUGUACUGUCAACAACGGAGGCUGCGGCAGCGCCCUCAUCUGCGUCCCGGCUGGCGCCACCACCAGGAAAUGUCUUUCUCCGGACGCCUACGUAUACCUCUUCCGCAAGAGAAGAAGUGCGAGCCAGACUGAGAAUGACGCUUUCGUCAUUCGUCGUGUCGAAAGAAGUGCCGAGGAGUUUACUGAUGAUACUUUCGUGGAAGGAGUUGUUGGACAAAGCUUUAACAAUGAUACCAUCGGACGUCCUUUACAGAGGACCUGCAAGACUCGGCCUUCUGGAGCCAAAGACAAGAAGACUACAGGAAUCACAGACAAGAAGCCCUGCUCGCCUCGCCUACACUUGACGCUCAAGUGGACAUCGAGACAAACUCUAAAGAUGGCGACCGUUCUUCUGCUUUGUGUGAUGGCUCUCAUCACCCGGGCUUAUGGUCAAGGCUGCGGCGGAACCUUCACCGCCAGCUCUGGCAUCAUCUCGUCACCCUCGUACCCGUUUUCGUACCCGAAUAACCAAGAUUGUAGGUAUAUCCUCACUGCACAGACUGGCAGCAGAGUAUCCAUAACAUUCUCUCGCUUCAGUACUCAGGCCGGGGUCACAGGCUGUAACACCGACUACAUUCAGAUAAGAGACGGCUGUUCUCUGACUGCACCGCUCAUGGCCACGUACUGUGGCUCCUCCCUUCCACCCGUCGUCAGGUCCUUCUCCAACUGCCUUCAUGUGAGAUUUGUCUCCGAUGGCUCUGUGACUGGCGCUGGCUUCCAGGCUUCCUACAUCAUAAGUGUCAUCCCCCAGCAGUACAUGCUGAUCGCCAACACGGGUCUGCGCUCCAUCCAGCGCAUCGACAUGGCGACCAUCAGCAACAUCGUCCUCCCCAUGAGUGGACUGCUUAACCCCGUCGCUGUCGACUUCGACCCGAUGACUAAUCGCGUCUACUGGUCAGAUGUGGCCGAGAGGACCAUCCGGUCUGCAAACCUGGACGGCAGCGACAUCCGGCUGGUCUUCAACCUCGGUCCAGGCGCAGUGCCAGACGGAAUCGCCGUGGACUAUCUGUCUGGACUCCUCAUAUUUACGGACGCCGGCAACAGUGUCAUCAGCAUAGUCACCCUCACCACCAAUAAGUACAAACCCAUCAUCAAAACCGCAAUCGAGCGCCCGAGAGACAUUGAGCUGGACAAACGUAACGGGGUGAUGUACUGGAGCGACUGGGGCUCCGUCCCUAAAAUAGAGAGGGCAGACUACGAUGGCACCAACCGAAAAACUUUGCUCUCUGGAUCUCAGUACAUCGUCUGGCCAAACGCUCUGUCUUUGGACCAAGCAGGUGGGAGACUGUACUGGGCAGAUGCCUACACAGACAAGAUCGGGUGGACAAAUCUGGAUGGCACGAGUAGGAAUGUGAUAUUUGCAAACCCAGGAUCACACUUCUUCGGCAUGGACUACUUCCAGAGUAACCUCUACAUCACUGACUGGGGCACUGCAGGAAACCUAGCAACGAGCUCCUACAUUCAGCUCAUCGCUGCCAGUGGAUUCAGUGGAAGGACAAUGGCUCAGUCGGUUGGAAGGAUGAACGACAUCGUCAUCGUCUCGGAACAAAAUACAGACAAAACACCUAAUGUGUGUACUGUCAACAACGGAGGCUGCGGCAGCGCCCUCAUCUGCGUUCCGUCUGGCGCCACCGGCAAGAAGUGUCUUUCUUCGCAGCUUUACGCGGUACCCAUCCUUCGCCAAAGAAGAAGUGUGAGCCAGACUGAGAAUGACGCUUUCGUCAUUCGUCGUGUCGAGAGAAGUGCUGAGCCGAACAUCGGUGAAUCUCCGAUGGAAGCAGUUUUUGGACAAAGCUUUAACAACCAGACCCAUGGUCAGCUGAAAAUCUAGAGAUGUGGCCUCUGUUUUUCAACUCUAACAUCUGGAGUCGACACAACAUCUGUCAUUCAGUCUCCCAACUGGUACAGCAAGAAAAAAUACAAUCGUUAAAAAUUCUUUAUUGUCAAUAAUACUAAUAUUAUAGUGAUAAUAGUGACUAUGUUUUGAACACUACUCAUCAAGAACAUGAAAUAUCAGUGCUUCACAAUCACGACGAUUACAAGUACUCUAUAGUUUGUAUGUUUUUUUAAUGUCCUGGUAUGGCAAGUUGAUAAUUUUCUUGAUUGUAAUACAAUUGUUUCAUAAGAUGAAUAAUUAGUUCUUUAUGCGUGUAUAGUGUAAGUUAUGAAAAUUAAGAUCUUAUGUGUCUUUGCUGUUUGUAAACUAAAAACAAAGGGUGUAGGUUUGUGUUUCACUGAUAACAUUUGACAAUACUGUCAGACAUGUCGCUUUAACAUCAGACUUAUUCUGAGAGCAAACUCCAGUUUCAGUGAAGUGAAUGAGGCCAGAUUAUUGCUGUUUUAUUUACUGCUGUGCUUGCUUAGUGUGUUAGCCAUCAUAUUCAAAUUUUUACUAUGAUUUUUGUUUGUUUAUACAAAUGCUUAAAGACAAAGAAUAGUAUAGCAUAUUGACGAAAAACACACACAAAACACAAAUGUUAAAGAAAAUAUUGAAUCUUGUUAUCCACAAAGGCUUGUUUUCUGCGUUUGAGUUUUACAAGGCUUUUAUGUGUUUUCUUUAAAAUGUGACCCUAGUUGGAUAGUCAUGAUCAAUGUGCACACCAUGACUAUGAAGCCUUGUUCCUGUUCAGAACAUGAAGUUACUUUCUUAGAACUUGCAAAUUUUGCCUGAAAUUGUUUCGUUGUUUUGAGCAAUGCUCUUGAAUCAACAGCAAGUUUAGUGAGGUGACUUCUUUUUAACAAAGUGAAUAAAUGAAGUUUU